AUGAAUUCAAAACACCAUUACAAUACUCAAAAAUUAACUUUAACUAAGCCUAAUAAGAAAUCUUUAUUUGGUUCUGAUGACGGAGAGAGCACCACACCACAUUCCACCAAUUCCACUAAACACAAAUAGGAGUUUUAAACUGAUGAUUCUGAUUGUGGUACUCCAAACACACCUUCGAACAAGUCGCCCUCAAAACCAUAAUAGUCCAAAUUCAAGCCAAAACCUACCACCAUCUAAUAACUCUUUACAAGUACAGCUAGGAAUGUUCUAUCAAACAAGUAAGCACAUUCUGAUGCUGAAUCAAAGCCUUAGAAAUAACAUGAAGUUUCCAUCAAAAAUCAUACUUUUAGACAUCUCAUAUUUGGCGAAUCAGUAUCAGAAACUAGUUUUCAAAAACAUCUCUUACUAACUCAAAGAGGUCUAAUUUAUGCAACCAAAUGUUUAAAAGGACCCAGCGAUUAAUUUAUUAAAUUACGUCAAGUAGAAGUCCCAAAAGAAGAAAAUAAAUCGAAAAUUCUUCUUUUAGAUUUAGAUGAAACAUUAAUUCAUUCUUGCAACAGUAAAGAGUAAGCUUAAGUUAACAUUAAUUAAAUCAGUUUCAAUGUAAGACCAUAUACAAAUUAUUUUAUAAAUAAAUUAUCGUAGAUAUAUUCAAUUUUCAUCUUCACAGCUUCGUCAUCCUCAUAUGCAAGUGCUAUUGUGGAUUAUUUGGAUCCAGAUUAAACUAAAAUUAUUGGAAUAUUUUCUAGAAAUCAUUGUAUGGAGACAAAAAAUGGAUUCUUUAUUAAAGAUUUACGAACUCUAAAAGAUAUAGAUUUAAGUUCUACAUUAAUUGUGGACAAUUUGGCUCAUUCUUUUGGUUUGUAGAUUGACAAUGGAAUACCAAUAUUGGAAUGGAAAUCUGAUGAAAAAGAUUAAGAACUUAAAUACUUAACAGAAUAUCUCAUAAAAGCCAGCCAAGUUGAAGAUGUUAGACAAUUUAAUCGAGAAAACCUUCGUUUAAGAGAAUUAAUAAACUACUAAUUAUGA